GCCCAGAAGCCUCUGAGGCCCCGGGUGCCGCCUGGGGAGUGGAAUGCCCCGGGCUCUCUAGAGCGCACAAAGCGCAGGCGCAGCGGGUUGGGUGGCAGCUGCAACAAGUAGCGGUCGCAGUGGCAGCAUCAUCCGCAACAGGUGUAGAGAGAUCCCGCCUGAUUCUACCCUGGAAAGUCCUUUUGAAGAAAUGGCCCUGGUGAGGGGCGGCUGGCUAUGGAGACAGAGCUCCAUCCUCCGCCGCUGGAAGCGCAACUGGUUUGCCCUGUGGCUGGAUGGGACCCUGGGCUACUACCAUGAUGAGACUGCGCAGGACGAGGAAGACCGUGUACUCAUCCACUUCAAUGUCCGCGACGUGAAGAUCGGCAAAGAGUGCCACGACGUGCAGCCUCCGGAGGGCCGUAGCCGAGAUGGCCUGCUGACCGUGAACCUACGGGAGGGCAACCGCCUGCACCUGUGCGCCGAGACCCGGGAUGAUGCCUUAGCAUGGAAGACAGCACUGCUGGAGGCAAACUCAACCCCGGCCCCAGCUGGAGCCACUGUCCCUCCCAGGAGCCGGCGGGUUUGCCCCAAGGUCAGGUGUGUGACCUGCUCGUGGAGCCCCUGUAAGGUUGAGAGGCGAAUCUGGGUGCGCGUCUACAGCCCGUACCAGGACUACUACGAGGUGGUGCCGCCCAACGCGCACGAGGCCACAUAUGUCCGCAGCUACUACGGUCCCCCCUACGCAGGCCCCGGCGUGACGCACGUGGUAGUGCGGGAAGAUCCGUUCUACAAUUCGGGCGCCCCGCUGGCCAUGGGCAUGCUCGCGGGGGCCGCGACGGGCGCCGCGCUUGGCUCGCUCAUGUGGUCGCCGUGCUGGUUCUGAGCCCUGGGACUCGAGCGCUGGACCCUGCCCUGCCUUCGGGUAGACCGCUAGACCCCUCUUCCCACUUGACCCCACUCUCCAACUCCGCAGCGACCCACAAACCGAGCCCUGCCCAACUUUGGCCCUUUUCUCUCCAUUCCCUAUCCCAGCCCAGAAAUUUGGACCAUUCCCCCAAUCGGAAGAAGGUAUCAUUCCAAACACAAACACAGCUCAAAACUCUCAUACCCUACUGCUACAUACCCCAGAAAUCUCUUAUAAAUAUUUAUGGAUAUAUUUCCCCCAUGCACAUGAGAACACCGCAAACAACUCAUUUGGUGUCAAGUUCCCCAGGCACUGGAGAUAUAACAGUCAGGCUUUCUCCUCUGGGAGCUGGGGGCCUGGUGAGGAAAGAGUAGUAAACAAAUGCUUGACAAGGAUGAGUUAUCUUUCCUUUCACUGGGAUGCCUGGCAGCAGGGAGCAGAGGCUGGUAGGCUGGAAGUAGGAUUGUUGGCAAUGGUGCAGAACCAUGGACAUCAUGGCAUGUCCAAAGAAUUAAAGGGGAGUUCAGUAGUACUGGGGUGGAGAUAGGGAACAGAUCAUGGUGGGCCUCCAGGCUAAGGAGUUUGCUGGGUAAGGGGUAGCGGGGAUAUGAGCUUUUUAUGAGGGGAAGUUUCAUGGUUGCACCUAUAACAUAUUGCCUAUUUUAUUAUUAUUAAUACUGACACAUAUCUAUACCCAAGCCACUCCCCAGUUUAGCCCCACCCCUCCCACUAUCAGCUUCCUGGGCCUUCUGCUCCUUCAGUGCUCAGAAAGCAUCAGUUCCCUGGGGCAGCUGGGGCAGCAAUUUAGCUGAACCUGGGGGACCCUGGAGGGGGGCAGGUGUUUGGGACCUCCUGCCCUAGGAAGUUGUCUCCAUCUGGAAAUACUUUUCUGGUCCCCAGAAGCUUGGCCCUCUGUCCAUAGCUGUGGCUGUCACCAUCUUAGACCUUGUCUCUUCUUUCCUUCUGGGAAACGUGGAAGCAUCCCUUCAGGAGAGUUGGCAGUAUUCACCUCUGGGGCCUGAUCCACCUUUGCCCCAGCCUGGGUGGCCACAUGUGUGCCACCCUGCAAGUGGCCCAGCAGUCCCUCCCUUUGGUCCCCUUCCAGUCUCCUCCCUCGCCUGUCCCCAUCACCAAUAGAAAUGCUAACAUUCCCUGCCCAGUAGCCAGAGUAGUCCACUAAAGUUCCCUUGUAAGUGGGGGCUUCGUUGGCUCUCAUGCAGAAACUAAUAAAGGUGUGGUUGGCUCUA